UUCGUCCAUCUCUAUCUAGCUCUCUCCCUUCAAGUUGUAGCAGCCAUUUUAAACGAAUAAUAAUCAACCUGUCUUGCACCCACCAUGCCCAGUAAGAAGAAGGCUUGUGGUGAUUCAUAGAUGCUCGUCACCCACGACUCGGCAAAUCCUGAUUUGGUGUUCUUCCUCCGAGUCACCAACUUAUUCAUCGAAGCUGAAGCUAUUUUUACGGUUUGAAUUCUUCAGAGACUUGUAGAGGCUUUCGCAGCCUGCAGAGAGAGUUUUGAAGCGGCCGAUACUUCAGAUACUUCCAGUCCGUCGACGCCUCUUUCUCUAAGAACAAGAGAUUCCUGUACUUGGUACUGUAUGGAAACUCAGCAUGGCGUUCAAUUUCGCACCUCUGAGAAGGUGGGAAUCCUGUUGAUAUUAAUUGUCAGCUUUGCCUUUUGUAUGUGUGGUUCUUCACCUUCUAGUGAGGUGGCUAGGUCUGAGCCAAACUCCAAGUCUAACAACUUAAAAGUUAGUAACUUUUGUAGUUUCAAGAAAUACAUUGUGAAAUCUUAUUUUGAAAAAUAUGAUAGCUUUGUUGAAUCAAGAUUUGAAGAUUUAUUAGCAGAUGAACUUCUCUACACAUGUGAAUUGCUGCCAAACAAUCUGAAUGCUCUUUUGAGAGUAUCAGUUCCCAAUCGCCUUUUGAUUGGUGAAGGUUCUCAUCGUCAUCUGCAUUCGGCUAUCAGACUUCAUGUCCAGUCAGAAUCAAUAAAUCAGCUACCCGCUCACUUUUGUAAGGUUAUAGUUAUAGAGAGACUUCCUUCUGGAGUCUUUGCUGACCCAUUUGAACUCCAACAAUUUCUGCGGCGUGGUGUUUUUACUGAUGUAGCAGUUUUUGGAGAUACAAAUUUGGAAUUGCCUUCUAUUGCUUCCAAUCGGUCUGUUGUUGAGAUGCACAUGAAUGUCAGUUCCAGUUUUGGACAGACAAAUGAACUGGAUAUCAGCAUAGACCUCCCAUUGCAUGCACGGUAUCAACCCCUGGGUGAAAGUGGUUAUUCAGAGGUGGAAUUUGGCCCACCAGAUGUAUUUGUACAGUGUAGCAUGGAAAGAAACAAAAACAAUCAAUGCUGCAUAUUUGAACCAGGCAUUGACAGUGUUGAUACCAAAACUAGUGCUGUUAUUUGGAGAAUUCCUUCUGGUAAAAGGAGACAUACUGGUGUUGUGUCUGUUGUUACUUUUGUUACAGCCUUUAUAUCAACUCUUGUUAUUGUCCUGACAUCCAUGUUUUAUUUGGAUAUUAACUGUGCAAAAACAUUGAAAUUAUCGUAGUUUCUGUGUUUACUAGGUUUGAUCUUUUUGGAGUAAGAGAAGCUGAGUUACAUCUAUUUUCUUGAAA